AUGAUUUUUGAAGAAAUAAUAACAGAAGGUAGAAAUCAUUCUGAUGCAAAACGUAAAGCUAAACAACUUCUCGAUAAUUAUAAAGAAUUAAAGAAGUUUGAAGAAAUUUAUAAACAAUCAAGUUCCAUAAAUAAAGUAAAAUUAAGGCAACCAAAAGUUAAACAAAAAAUCUUAAAUUUAAUUCAGUCAGAAUUAAAGAAGAGAAUUAAUCCUGAAGAGACAUUUGAAGUAUGGCAUGAAGAUGACAAAGAAACUUCAAAUUCAUCUUGCAUCGAUGAGAAAAUAGCAAACAUUUUAAAAUCCAAAGAUGGAGAGUCUGAUCAUCAUGAAAUUAGUGAAAAAUUUCAUAAUUUUAUUAGUAAGUUUGAUAAUUCUGAAAGUUAUACCAAAAAAAAGUUUAUUAUAGAAACUCAUGGAUUAGAAGUAUUACCUAUUUUAGAUGAAGAAGAUCCUAAUAAUCAAAGAAGUCAUUUGAAUAAAUUAACCACAUUAUUACAUUUAAGUAUAUUAAGAAAAAAUUGGGAUAUAGCAUACAGGCUAUUCUGCACAAUUAUUAGAUUCCCAAAUGUUGACAUUAAAUUAAUUUGGCCAUUGGGUGCUGAAAUAUUAUCACAAAUAUCAAAUGAGAAACUUGAAAUGUUUUACAAUUAUUUAACUAGUUUUCAUAUAACUAGAAAUUCAUAUAAUCCUCAAAAUUCAAUAAUGGCACCUGUUUGGAGAACAGGAUCUAUUAGUAUGGUUCCAUUAUAUUUAAUAACUUCAUUGUGGUUUGAUUUUACACAACGAAAAUUUGAUUCAGUAAUUGAAAAAAUUAAUGAAUUGAUUUUGGAACCACCUUAUGAUUCAGAAGGAACGUUAUAUUACAUUCAGACAUUAUGUUACUUGUUUAAAUCUAUUGAAAUGGUACAGGCUUAUCAAGUUCAAGAUGAUUUGGAUAAAAUAUCUGAAUUAGAUCAACCAUAUAGAUCUAAAGAUGAAUUAUUAGCUGAGUUGGAUUCAUUCCAUGAUAAAAUUUUGGAUAAUUUGAAUAAAUGUGAAGAGUUUGAAUUUGAAACUCCACAAAAUGAAAUUACAAAACAAAUGGAAAUGUUGUAUGAUAUAGUGAAUGAAAAAGAAGGGUUAGUAGAGGAAGAAGUUGAUGGUGAUGAUGCUCAUAGCAUUGAAAGAAGUAUAUUAAUUCAGAAAGUCGAUGAUGAUGAUGCUAAUAGUUUUGAGAAGGGUAUAAUUACAGAUUCAGAAUAUCCCAUAGAUAAUGAUGAUGCUUUUAGUUUUGAAGAAAGUGUAAAUGGUGACGACGAAAUAGAAAGCGAUUUUGAUAUAGACGUUGCUGAUGAUGAGGACAAGUUAGCAGAUGGAUCAAAUCAAGAAUUGAAUAAUGAUGAGGACAAGUUAGCAGAUGGAUCAAAUCAAGAAUUGAAUAAUGAUGAAGUCGAUAUGAGCGCAAUAUAUGGUCUUUUCGACUUAUAA